AUGGUUGGAUUGAACAUGGCUGGACCUGCUAGAGAUAGAGUGAUGAAACUGAUGCAAGACAAAGAUAAAAUAGAGAGUGAAAUUCGAGAUCAGACUGCUAUAUUGGAAACGAAUAAUGUUGGGAUGCACGAUUCUUUGGUGGACUCCGAGGGCUACCCUCGAAACGACAUCGAUGUUUACAAGGUCAGGCAUGCAAGACAUCGCAUUAUUUGUCUCCAAAAUGAUCACAAGAACCUUAUGAAGAUGAUCGAAAAAGGUUUGGCGGAAGUUCAUAGAGAACUUCUUGGUUCUAACGGUGAAGGGCCGUCUAUGAAUGUGGCAGCUACCAGCAAUGGACAUUCUAAUGGAGCUAGUGCUGGAGACACUGCUCCUCGUCCUGUCGCUGAAGAAGAAAAAGCCUUUGCGGUAGUCGGUUUCGUUAGUGAAGGAUCGCCUGCAGACCUUGCUGGUCUACAAGAACGCGAUGAAAUCCUCCAAUUUGGAUCAGUAAAUCAUCACAACUUUGAAGACAUGUCGCAGAUCAACACCAUAGUGUCUCACUCGGUCGGCCAGCAAGUGAAUGUCAAAGUAAAGAGAGAUCAGAACGUUAUCAACAUAUCCGUAGUCCCACGACCGUGGCAACAGCCUGGGCUACUCGGUUGCCAUAUCCAGAGGAAAGCGUAA